AUGGCAACCCUCAACAGCACUCACUGGAAUGAGACUACUACAUCCAUUUCCCAGUAUCUGGGCUUCCAAGUGCAAAAAAUUUACCCUUUCCAUGACAACUGGAACACUGCCUGCUUUGUUAUCCUGAUCAUAUUCAUCUUCACUGUAGUUUCUCUGGUGGUGCUGGCUUUCCUGUAUGAGCUGCUGGACUGCUGCUGCUGCGUGAAAAACAAAACUGUCAAAGACUUGGAGAACGAGCCCAAUCCCGUCAGAGCAAUGAUGAACAGCUUCAGGAAGCGUGAAAUGGAGGUGGUGUAG